CCGGUGACACGGCUGGCGCGGGCGGGCCCGUCCCCCCUGCCCCUGGGUCGCUCUUUUUAAGCUCCCCUGAGCCGGGGCUGCGCGUCUCUAAUUGGGACUCCGAGUCGGGGCUAUUUCUGGUGUUGGCGCGGCUCCAAGAAGGCAUCCGCAUUUGCGACCGGCGGCGGCGGCGGCAGCGGAGCAGCCCAGGCCGGUCCCCUGCGCCCAGCCCCGCCGCGCCCGGCAGCCCCGAGCGCGCCCCGCCGGCGGCCUGCCGAGCUCGCGCAUCACAGCCAGUCCCCCUCACUGCCCCGUAGAGAAGAAAGAUGAGCGAAUCCAGCUCAAAGUCCAGCCAGCCCCUGGCCUCCAAGCAGGAGAAGGACGGGACUGAGAAGCGAGGCCGGGGCAGGCCGCGCAAGCAGCCUCCGGUGAGUCCUGGGACGGCGCUGGUAGGGAGUCAGAAGGAGCCCAGUGAAGUGCCAACACCCAAGAGACCUCGGGGCCGACCAAAGGGAAGCAAAAAUAAGGGUGCCACCAAGACACGGAAAACGGCUGCAGCUCCAGGGAGGAAACCGAGGGGCAGACCCAAGAAACUGGAGAAGGAGGAAGAGGAGGGCAUCUCCCAGGAGUCCUCGGAGGAGGAGCAGUGACCACGCGCAGUGCCGCCUGCUCCUUGGCCACCACAGGAGCAGCUUCCCCUGGGACCGGAAGCCCUGCUUCCAGCCCCCUCCCCACCCUCACUGCACACUACCGCACCAGCUGCAGGCUCUGCGGCACCCACGGGAGCAGGGUUUGGCUCAGUCCCUGUGCCCUCCUUCCCAACACACCUGCCCUCUCCCGACAAGGCUAACUUCCCACUUAGCCGCAGCCUGCCCUGCUGUGCUCUACCCUGGAGAUGUUGCUCUCUGGGCUCUUUCUUUUGCAGGUCCCUUCUGCUCUGCUGUUCCUGGCUUCCGUGUACAGGGUCCUGGGAGCAUUCCCUGGCCUUAAAGGGCCCCAGCCCCAUCUCAAUUCAGACAAACCCCAUUGGCUGACCUGGCCGCAGCAAGUGUGGUCGGUGCAGGGAUACAUAGAUCCCAGCAUGCCCCACCCCUCACCGAACUGUCACCAGGCGGGUUUCUCAGUCACUUUUGCCCCACCUUACCUAGACCCUGCAUUAGGUUGGCUAGAGUCCCUUGGACUACAGGAAGUAGGACAUGAUGGGCCACCCACCUUGUUCUCACCUGGUACCCAAUGCAGUGACAGAUGGGGGUCACACCCAUCUCCAGGGUGAGGUCCUAUUCUCUGACAUUCACCUAAGGCAGAUGGGGCACUAACUCACCUCCCCCACUCUAGGCUGUUACCCUUCCUCCAGUGGGGCACCAAGGAGCUAGCCUUGCCCCCCUCCUUUUGCUCCUCCCUGCCCCCCAAGGUUCUGGUUCCAUCUUCUCCUCUGUUCACAAACUACCUCUGGACAGUUGUGUUGUUUCUGUUCAAUGUUCAUUCUUAGACACCCACCUUUGCUGCUGCUACCAGCACCAAAAGUUCAUCCUCCCGUUCUGCCUGCAUUCUCCCCGAGACACUAUAGGGGGAAGGGGGGCUGGGGUGCAGCAGGCUGGCUACCAACCACCCCACACCAGGGACGAUGGGGCCCUGCCCCUUGGAUGCUGCAGCAGAGUGAGGAGGGGGACCCAUUUUGAUGGGAAAGGGGUGUAGGACCACCUCCCCUCGUUCUGUGGGGGAGGGGUGGUCAGUAUUUGUCCCGGCCUGGGGCUCCCCCUCUGAUUUCCUAUUUGCAGUUACUUGAAUAAAAAAAUAGCCUUUUCUGGACUGA